AUGGCUUAUAGAGCUUGGUCGCUGUGUGUCUGCUGGCUGGUGCUGAUCGCAGGCGGAUGCGAGGCGACCUACCCGCCCUGUCUGGAUGGGAUCAUGAUGAACGUGGUUCUGCUGGAUGACGACAUCUCUCCCUGGAGUAUGAAGUUUGUCCGUGGCGCUGUGGAGAGUGCGAUCCAGCUCGACGCUGAACUCACCUGCUGUCCAAACGGUAAAUGUAAUCAUAAUUGUACAACUGUAAAUUAAUAGUGAGAUUACACAGGGUUUCUAGUUCAAGCCCAAACGCAGCUGAUCCCCGUUAAUUGGUAGUAUGCAAGCACUUAUAUGGCAGGCUAUAAAACAAGAACAACAUAGAUUUACAGGGGUAUUCAACCGAGGUACUGCAGGGAGUCUGCUAAUUACACUCACUGGAGCAUAGCCGCUGAAAGUAGGGGUGCUGAGGAUGCUGCAGCACUCCCUGAAAAAUAAGAAAAAAAGUAUUAUAUAUAUUUUUAACAAUCUUUUUCACAAAGGUAGUGCAAAGGGGCCAUUACUAGCAUUAGCGGACCGAUAUAGAGGUCUGUAGUGCUGCCCAAACCUUUUUUCAGCAUCUCUGCUUUGGCAAAAAAUAGUAGUUGUAUAGUUAAGAACAGUAUCUUGCAGGAUUCAAUAGUUGGAAUUGUAAGAGUUGUUGCCCUGUCUCUUUCUCUACGAUUGUCAUUCUAAUGGAAUCCAGAACGAACAAAAGGUGCAAAGUUAUGGUCGAAGACAUAAAACAUCCACAUCAAAUUUAUCUAUUGAUCAGAUAACAUGGAAACAACCACUUUUUGAGCAGUAUUAAUUUACCAUCCUAACAAACCCCUUAAUUUAAAUGUACAUUAUCGUAUUGUACAUAGGCUGGUCAUCUAGGUUUGUACCUGUUAACUUUCCAUCACCAUGAAGGAAAACAAUGCACAAUACAGUAAUUGAAUACACUGAGACAUCAAGUGGUUUGUGAUGAUGUGAUGUGAUGAUGUGGCUCAGUUGGUAGAGCAUGGUGCUUGCAAUGAUAGGGUUGUGGGUUCGAUUCCCAUGGGGGACCAGUAUGAAAAUGUUGCUCUGGAUAAGAGAGUCUACUAAAAAGGAAUGAAUAGACCAUUUCAGUUUUCACAUAGAAAUAAGUUGCAUUUGCAAAGUAUUUCAAGAAACUGGAAAACAGAUAUCUAGCAAGUAUUUUUAUAUUCCACAAGUAUUAUCAGAUUAACUGUUUUGUACAGAUAAUUAUCAGACUCAAGUUACAAAUGCUGGUAAACACUCAAAUACAUUUAGUUUAAUUUAGUAGUGCACUGGGCCUUUACUGGUCCUGUAUUAGCGGACCAAUGUAGAUGUCUUCAGCGCAGGCAAAACCCCCCCCCCCCAACCCCACACCCCCACCCCAAACUACUUCCCGUGGCUAUUAGUGAACAUGUGUUUGGAGUUACCGUUGUAGUUAAAAAUCAAAUAAAGUAAUAUUGGUCGCAUACACAUAUUUACAAAUGUUAUCGUAGGUGCAGCGAAAUGCUAUUAGUCUAUGUUAGAGUUGACACUUCUUCCAAUUAUAAUGUGGGGACUGGGGAGGUUGAUUACCAAAUCUAUUAAUUUUAAAAUGUUGAUUACUUGUCCUUGCCAUUAUCAUUCACCAGAUGAUAAGAGAAGAUGUGGGAAAAAAACAUGGGAAAAAACAUGUUUUGCUAACAUAUGAUGGGGGUCCCUAGGUUGCCGGUUUGCCAGUUUGCCUGGGUAGGGGUCGCUGAGCACCUGGGGCGGCAGGUAGCUUAGUGGUUAAGAGCGUUGUGCCAGUAACCGAAAGGUCGCUGGUUCUAAUCCCCAGAGCCGACUAGGUGAAGAAUCUGUCGAUGUGCCCUUGAGCAAGGCACUUAACCCUAAUUGCUCAUGUAAGUCGCUCUGGAUAAGAGCGUCUGCUUAAUGACUAAAAUGUAAAUGUAAAUGAGCAAGAAAAGGUUGAAGAGCCCUGGUUUAUAAGGAUAUCCUAGACCUACACUGUGUUAUAGCUGUAAGGACCUUAGCUUUACCUCACAAAAUGUAGCCUACUUAAUUGUGUUAUAACUUCUCUUAUCAGCUGUCACGAGUGUUGAUGUUCUUUGGCUGAAUCACUAUCUGUGGGUCCACAAUUUGUGCUUUCAUCAUUAUGGUGUAUUGGCGUUUUCUUUGCCAAGGAGUGAAGCACAACCUGACUGCCAACUUCCGAGGGCUCGAUACUAGUUUGUACAGCAAUAAAGGCUGCCGAAGCAGCACCUGUGAGGUGGUGGAGACCUUGAAGAACCUAACUGUGAGUGUUAACCAACUCACACACGCACACAGACACACCCAUACAUACACACACUGUGUCGCUCAAAUAUUCACAUAUCUAAGCUGCUUCUCCUCUGUUUUAGAGGACAGGUGAGGUGGGCUGUGCUCUGCUGGGGCCCACCUGCUCCCAUGCAACCUUUCAGAUGGUUGAGUAAGUGUUGUGUUGCCGUGACACCCUAUCCCUUUCUAUCCCUUUUACUUACCUCUAUAUAUAUCUCUCACUUGUAUCCAACUCAAUUACUUUUGCAGUUACAUUCUAAUAGCAGAGUAAUUCAUAAAAAAGUUUAUCUCUACCACUCUCUCUCUCUGUGUGUGGGGGUGGCGAGAGAGUCGAUGAGCCAGACUCGGGCGGCAUCGAGCGCGAGAAGCGAGAGAGAGGCGAGAGGGAGAGGAGAGACGCGAGGAGAGCGAGAGAGUGGCGAGCGCGAGAGAGAGAGCAUAGAGAGAGGCUAGAGAGAGAGAGAGAGAUCUCUCUCUCUCUCUCUCUCUCUUCUCUCUCUCUCUCUCUCUCUCUCUCUCUCUCUCUCUCUCUCCUCUCUCUCUCCUCUCUCCUUCUAUCUAUCUAUGUGCCAGUCUUGAGGUUGGUCUGGAGCUCAAAAUGCCCAUCAUCUCAGCAGGCAGCUUUGCUCUGUCCUGUGACUACAAAGAAUACCUGACUCGCAUACUUCCCCCCGCACGCAAGAUCUCCACCUUCUUCACAAAGUUUUGGGACUUCAAAAACGAUAUCAAACCCAAGUGGUACACAGCCUCCCUCUAUAAGAAGCAGGAGAACACUGAGGACUGCUUCUGGUGAGUGAGUCACUUGUGAGUCGCUUGUGAGUCGCCUUUGAGUUGCUUUUGAGUCACAAGUGUCCUGACUUGUAUGUGAAUUCUUUAAGUGUAAUAUGAUGGAAAAGGGUGACGGUGGAUAUGAAUUAGACGUGAUUCUGUAUGCUAAUCUAAUGGACACUUAGAUGACUUUGAGACUAUUUAUUUGUGUCUAUUUUAUUUGCUUAGAUGUGAUGUUGAUACUGAUGUCAUGGUAUCUACACUUCCCUCUCCAGGUAUAUCAAUGCACUGGGUACAGCUUCAGCCCACUUUUCCUUACACAUCAAAAAAACAAACGUUAUAAGCAAAGCAGAGGAUCUUAGAAAGGAAUUAAGCUCCAAAAAUAGGACAAGCAAUUGUAAGUAAACCCACAACAUGUAACACAUCUGGAGGAUUGACACAUACUGUAGAUAGGGCAGUGAAUGGACACAUACUGUAGAUAGGGCAGUGAAUUGACACAUACUGUAGACAGGGCAGUGAAUUGACACAUACUGUAGACAGGGCAGUGAAUUGACACAUACGGUAGACAGGGCAGUGAAUUGACACAUACUGUAGACAGGGCAGUGAAUUGACACAUACUGUAGACAGGGCAGUGAAUUGACACAUACUGUACACAGGGCAGUGAAUUGACACAUACUGUAGACAGGGCAGUGAAUUGACACAUACUGUAGAUAUGGCAGUGAAUUGACUCAUACUGUAGACAGGGCAGUGAAUUGACACAUACUGUAGAUAUGGCAGUGAAUUGACACAUACUGUAGACAGGGCAGUGAAUUGACACAUACUGUAGACAGGGCAGUGAAUUGACACAUACUGUAGACAGGGCAGUGAAUUGACACAUACUGUAGACAGGGCAGUGAAUUGACACAUACUGUAGACAGGGCAGUGAAUUGACACAUACUGUAGACAGGGCAGUGAAUUGACACAUACUGUAGAUAUGCCAGUGAAUUGACACAUACUAUAGACAGGGCAGUGAAUUGACACAUACUGUAGACAGGGCAGUGAAUUGACACAUACUGUAGAUAUGGCAGUGAAUUGACACAUACUGUAGACAGGGCAGUGAAUUGACACAUACUGUAGAUAUGGCAGUGAAUUGACACAUACUGUAGACAGGGCAGUGAAUUGACACAUACUGUAGAUAUGGCAGUGAAUUGACACAUACUGUAGACAGGGCAGUGAAUUGACACAUACUGUAGACAGGGUAGUGAAUUGACACAUACUGUACACAGGGCAGUGAAUUGACACAUACUGUAGACAGGGCAGUGAAUUGACACAUACUGUAGACAGGGCAGUGAAUUGACACAUACUGUAGACAGGGCAAUGAAUUGACACAUACAGUGGGGAAAAAAAGUAUUUAGUCAGCCACCAAUUGUGCAAGUUCUCCCACUUAAAAAGAUGAGAGAGGCCUGUAAUUUUCAUCAUAGGUACACGUCAACUAUGACAGACAAAUUGAGAAAAAAGAAUCCAGAAAAUCACAUUGUAGGAUUUUUAAUUAAUUUAAAAAAUAAGUAUUUGGUCACCUACAAACAAGCAAGAUUUCUGGCUCUCACAGACCUGUAACUUCUUCUUUAAGAGGCUCCUCUGUCCUCCACUCGUUACCUGUAUUAAUGGCACCUGUUUGAACUUGUUAUCAGUAUAAAAGACACGUGUCCACAACCUCAAACAGACACACUCCAAACUCCACUAUGGCCAAGACCAAAGAGCUGUCAAAGGACACCAGAAACAAAAUUGUAGACCUGCACCAGGCUGGGAAGACUGAAUCUGCAAUAGGUAAGCAGCUUGGUUUGAAGAAAUCAACUGUGGGAGCAAUUAUUAGGAAAUGGAAGACAUACAAGACCACUGAUAAUCUCCCUCGAUCUGGGGCUCCACGCAAGAUCUCACCCCGUGGGGUCAAAAUGAUCACAAGAACGGUGAGCAAAAAUCCCAGAACCACACGGGGGGACCUAGUGAAUGACCUGCAGAGAGCUGGGACCAAAGUAACAAAGCCUACCAUCAGUAACACACUACGCCGCCAGGGACUCAAAUCCUGCAGUGCCAGACGUGUCCCCCUGCUUAAGCCAGUACAUGUCCAGGCCCGUCUGAAGUUUGCUAGAGUGCAUUUGGAUGAUCCAGAAGAGGAUUGGGAGAAUGUCAUAUGGUCAGAUGAAACCAAAAUAUAACUUUUUGGUAAAAACUCAACUCGUCGUGUUUGGAGGACAAAGAAUGCUGAGUUGCAUCCAAAGAACACCAUACCUACUGUGAAGCAUGGGGGUGGAAACAUCAUGCUUUGCUUUUUUCCUCAUUUUGUCUGUCAUAGUUGACGUGUACCUAUGAUGAAAAUUACAGGCCUCUCUCAUCUUUUUAAGUGGGAGAACUUGCACAAUUGGUGGCUGACUAAAUACUUUUUUCCCCCACUGUACUGUAGACAGGGCAGUGAACAGAUACCAACAGUCUCCAUUUCUAUUUCUUUCCCUCUCUCCUCUUCACUGUGUAGUGUUCAUAGUGUGUGGGACACCAGAAGAUAUCGUGGACCUGAAGAAUGGAACUAUAGAGGCUGAUCCGAGUGUUGUCUUCAUCCUGAUCAAUCUUUACAAGUUAGUCCUCUCUCUCUGUCUCUGUGUCUCUGUGUCUCUGUGUCUCUCUCUCUCUCUCUCUCUCUCUCUCUCUCUCUCUCUCUCUCUCUCUCUCUCUCUCUCUAUGUCUCUCUCUCUCUCUCUCUCUCUCUCUCUCUCUCUCUCUCUCUCUCUCUCUCUCUCUCUCUCUGUGUAUCUGUGUCUCUCCCCCUCUCUCUCUAAUUUUUUCCUCUGAAAGAGUUCAAAGAGGCUUAAUAUUGUAAUCGCCGUGCUUCAGUGAGUGUUUGAGAGCACCAGUGUUUUCAGUGUCAUUGACAAUGAACCCAUGACUCCACACAGUGAUAAGUACUACACCAAUAAGUCCUCUAUCCCUGCUAUGAAGAACGUGUUGGUUCUCACCAUGCCCAACUCUAGGAACUAUACUGUGGACACAGACCUGGGCAACAACGUGACGGUGAGACUCCCUGCUGGGUUGAGGCCCUGUCUAUCACUGUACUCUGAGGUGUCCUAUUCAUCCUAUUACCUAUAUUGUGUACUACUUUUGACCAGGGCCCAAUAAAUCUGCCUUCUGUCCAGAUGAAUGACUACAUGGCAGCGUACCAUGAUGCAGUGCUGCUGUUUGGUCAGGUGAUGAGGAAGCUCUGGAACAAGCCUAAGUCUGAGCUCAACCCCAUGGAGGUAGUCAACAUCAACCACUUCAGAAACGUCUCCUUCAACGGUAAGAGACCAAGAAACAACACAUCAAGCUGUGUGGUCUGGCCUGGAGAUGUGGCCACCUGUGUGUGUAUGUGUGUGUGUGUGUGUGUGUGUAUAUGUGUGUGUUAGUGGUGUACUGGUCAGCUGUUUGUUCACCCACACCCGCCCACAAUUGGUAAUAACCAAUCCGCAACCGCCCGAUAAAGUGAACCUUAACCGUAACCCGCAAAUAUAGAAAAUGUGUUGUAGGCCACAGUUAGAGACGGCAGAACAAUUUUUUGACGGGGUGCUGUCACGAUCGUCAAAGGAGGAGGACCAAGGCGCAGCGUGAUGAACGAACAUACUUUAUUAUCGAUAGUGAUAACAAGACCAAAACAAUAAACGAUAACGUGACGUCCUAGGUUAAACACAACCAACACGGAACAAACCAAAAGGAACAAGAUCCCACAACAACUGUGGGAAAACAGCCUGUAUAAAUGUGGUUCCCAAUCAGAGGCAACGAGUGUCAGCUGUUGCUGGUUGUCUCUGAUUGGGAACCAUAUUUAAACAGUCUGUUUUCCCUCAGUGUUUGUGGGAUCUUGUUCCGUGUUCCUAGUAGGUUGUGUUUGAGCUAAGGACGUCACGUUAUCGUUUUGUUGUUUUGUUCGUGUUAUCUUUCAGAUAUAAUAAAUAUGUUUGCAUUCAACGCUGCGCAUUGGUCCUCUGUUCCCGACGAGCGUGACAGAAGAUCCCACCUAAACUGGACCAAGCAGCGUGUCCAGGAGCCAUCGCCAGGGGAAUCGCUAGCGGAUCUCCGUGGCAACCUCGACUGGGUCAAGCCUAGUGAAGAGCAGAGAGGGUGGACUUGGGAGCAGUGGAGGAAGAGUCUCGACUGGGUCAAGCCAAAUGAAGAGCAGAGUGGCUGGAGUUGGAAGCAGAAGAGCGAGAGUUGGGCGAGAACUAUAGAGGCCUGGCCCAUGGGGAGGAGAGACCCCCAGAAUUUUUUUAGGGGGGGGGCUCACGCCGUGGACGACGGGGCAGCAGGAGGCCGCGAUGGAGCGGUCCAGCGGGUUUGCAGAGGAGGCCGCCAGGUUAAGGGGGCCACUGGUCACAGAGGAGAGGGAAAGUGUGGAGGCACGGCGAGAGGUACUGGGGUGUGUUACCAGUCCGGUCCGGCCCGUUCCUGAUCCCUGCAUAGGGCCAGUGGUGUGUGUCCCCAGUACGGUCCGGCCUGUUCCUGUUCCUCGCAUCGAGCCUGUGGUGCGUGUCGUCAGCCCGGCCCGGCCUGUUCCUGCUCCCCGCACCGAGCCUAUGGUGCGCGUCGCCAGCCCGGCCCGGCCUGUUCCUGCUCCCCGCACCAAGCCUAUGGUGCGCGCCGCCAGCCCGGCCCGGCCUGUUCCUGCUCCCCGCACCGAGCCUAUGGUGCGCGUCGCCAGCCCGGCCCGGCCUGUUCCUGCUCCCCGCACCAAGCCUAUGGUGCGCGCCGCCAGCCCGGUCCGGCCUGUUCCUGCUUCCCGCACCAAGCCUAUGGUGCGCGUCGCCAGCCCGGCCCGGCCUGUUCCUGCUCCCCGCACCGAGCCUAUGGUGCGCGUCGCCAGCCCGGUCCGGCCUGUUCCUGCUCCCCGCACCAAGGCGAUGGUGCGCGUCGCCAGUCCGGCCCGGUCUGUUCCUGCUCCCCGCACCAAGCCUAUGGUGCGCGUCGCCAGCCCGGCCCGGCCUGUUCCUGCUCCCCGCACCGAGCCUAUGGUGCGCGUCGCCAGCCCGGUCCAGCCUGUUCCUGCUCCCCGCACCAAGCCUAUGGUGCGCGUCGCCAGCCCGGCCCGGCCUGUUCCUGCUCCCCGCACCGAGCCUAUGGUGCGCGUCGCCAGCCCGGUCCGGCCUGUUCCUGCUCCCCGCACCAAGCCGAUGGUGCGCGUCGCCAGUCCGGCCCGGUCUGUUCCUGCUCCCCGCACCAAGUCAGUGGUGCGCGUCGCCAGCCCGGCCCGGUCCAUUCCUGCUCUCCGCACCAAUUCAGUGGUGCGCUUCGUCAGCCCGGCUUGGCCUGUUCCUGCUCCCCACACCAAGCCAGUGGUGUGCUUCGUCAGUCCAGCACGGCCCGUGCCUGUUCCACCGGUGCCUGGUCCGGUACCGGUCAGCUGCUCCACGUCGGAGCUAGAGCAAUCCGCUCCACCAGUGUUCAGUCCAGCUCCGGCCAGCAGGGCCAGACCGGACCAGGGGUACUGUGGGGGGUUAGAGAGGGAGUGGGGAUCAUGCCCAGAGCCGGAUCCGCCGCCAAGGCGGAGUGCCCACCCGGUCCCUCCCCUGUGGUGUUCUGUUGGCGCGGUCGGAGUCCGCGCCUUUGGGGGGGGGUACUGUCACGCCCUGGCUCUAGGGACUCUUUUAUGUUGAGCCAGGGUGUGUAGAGUCUAUGUUUUGUGCUCUUUGUUUUCCAUUCUAGGUCUUGUAUUUCUAUGUUGGCCAGAGUGGUUCCCAAUCAGAGGCAACGAGUGUCAGCUGUUGCUGGUUGUCUCUGAUUGGGAACCAUAUUUAAACAGUCUGUUUUCCCUCAGUGUUUGUGGGAUCUUGUUCCGUGUUCCUAGUAGGUUGUGUUUGAGCUAAGGACGUCACGUUAUCGUUUUGUUGUUUUGUUCGUGUUAUCUUUCAGAUAUAAUAAAUAUGUUUGCAUUCAACGCUGCGCAUUGGUCCUCUGUUCCCGACGAGCGUGACAGGUGCAGGAUUUCUUUUGCCUAAUUUAUAUAUGUUUCUGCUUAUAAUUUCCGACGUUUUGGUAGGGUAUUUGUUAGUCAACUUGUCUAUAAUUAGAUACAUGCAGCUUCUCUUCUGUCAUUUUAUGUUGCCCUAGAAGACUAAAUAAACCCUGAAUAAUUGUAAAUCGAUAGAAUAAAUGCUUCAAUCUAGUUCAAAUCAAAUGUUAUUUGUCACAUACACGUGUUUAGCAGAUGUUAUAGCGGGUGUAGCGAAAUGCUUGUGCUUCUUGCUCCGACAGUGCAGUAAUAUCUAACAAGUAAUAUCUAACAAUUUCACAACAUAUACCUAAUACGCACAAAACUAGUAAGGAAUGGAAUUUAAGAAAAAAUAUAUAUAUGGACAAGCAAUGACAGAGCGGCAUGGACUAAGAUUAUAGAAUAGAAUGCAGUAUAUACAUAUGAGAUGAGUAGUGCAAGAUAUGUAAACAUUAUUAAAGUGACUGGUGUUCCAUUUCUUAAAGUGGCCAGUGAUUUCAAUAGGCAGCAGUAGCCUCUAAUGUGCUAGUGAUGGCUAUUUAACAGUCUGAUGGCCUUGAGAUAGAAGCUGUUUUUCAUUCUCUCUGUCCCAGCUUUGAUGCACCUGUACUGACCUCGCCUUCUGGAUGAUAGCGGGGUGAACAGGCAGUGGCUCGGGUGGUUGAUGUCUUUGAUUAUCUUUUUGGACCUUCCUGUGACAUUGGGUGCUGUAUGUGUCUUGGAGGGCGGGUAGUUUGCCCCCAAUAAUGCGUUCGGCAGACCGCACCACCCUCUGGAGAGCCCUGCGGUGGCGGGCGGUGCAGUUGCCGUACCAGGUGGUGAUACAGCCCGACAGGAUACUCUCAAGUGUGCAUCUUUAAAAGUUUGUGAGGGUUUUAGGUGCCAAGCCAAAUGUCUUCAGCCUCCUGAGGUUGAAGAGGCUCUGUUGUGCCUUCUUCACCACACUGUCUGCGUGGGUGGACCAUUUCAGUUUGUCGGUGAUGUGUACGCCAAGGAACUUGAAGCUUUCCACCUUCUCCACUGCGGUCCCGUCGAUGUGGAUAGGGGGGUGCACCCUCUGCUGUUUCCUGAAGUCCACGAUCAUCUCCUUUGUUUUGUUGACGUUGAGUGAGAGGUUAUUUUCCUGGCACCACACUCCCAGAGCCCUCACCUCCUCCCUGUAGGCGGUCUCAUCAUUGUUGGUAAUCAAGCCUACUACUGUUGUGUCGUCUGCAAACUUGAUGAUUGAGUUGGAGGCGUGCUUGGCCACGCAGUCAUGGGUGAACAGGGAGUACAGGAGGGGGCUGAGCAUGCACCCUUGUGGGGCCCCAGUGUUGAGGAUCAGCGAAGUGGAGAUGUUGUUUCCUACCUUCACCACCUGGGGGCGGCACGUCAGGAAGUCCAGGACCCAGUUGCACAGGGCGGGGUUCAGACCCAGGGCCUCGAGCUUGAUGAUGAGCUUGGAGGGUACUAUGGUGUUGAAUGCUGAGCUAUAGUCAAUGAACAGCAUUCUUACCGAGGUAACAUUUUCUCUGUGAUCUCUGCUUAUUUUGCAGAGCAAAGAAGAGUUAGUGUUGAUAACUGGAGUUCAUUGGGACGGAGUACUUUUAACUCCAUUAAGAGUAACCAGAGACAGGGAGUUAAAUCUAUCAAGUUAUCCACAGAUCUGGGAGGGGCCUCAUUGUCAUAUUUCCCAGCAUGCUCUGUUGCAGGUUGAUUAAAAAAAAAAAGUUUCAAUAUCUGUGUUUUGCACAUUGAUUGCUUUUGAUCUUAUGCUACAGAAAGAUAAGAAAUGUAAAUCUGCAAGUGGUUGGAUUUCUAGCAACCGUUAGUGAGAUAGUUGUUCCAGUUUACAUGGUGUAGGUAGUCUCCAUCUUGUGUACUUUUGGCCCUACUCUGACAGUUGUGAGUGAUGCAAAAGUGCUGGCCAUCUUCCUGCAAGUUGGCUUCCAACGUACUGUAGGUUGGAUAUCACAUUUCCAACCACCAUAAGGUGAUACAUUAAGAAAUAUUCAAAUAAGGCUUUAGACCCUUAUAACUCAAAGGAAGUAAACUGAAAGAUAAAUGUACUCUGUAGUUGAAUGUUAAUUAAAAAACACAGACAAAGUGUAAAAUGGCAAGGGAGUUGAUUAAAAACGACACUGAAAAUAGUAAAUUGGCAAAUUGAUUAUUUUUUGUUUUUUGGUCUUAAUUUAAGGUUAGGGUUAGGUAUAAGGUUAGCAGUGUGGUUAGGGUUAAGGUUAGGGUUAGGUUUAAAAUCACAUUUUAAGAACAGAAAUUGUAGAAAUGGGCGGGGUUUAGGACUUUGUGGCUGUGGUAACUAGUGACGACCCCAUUUCAGUUUAUCAAUUGUAGGAAAAAGCUGUUUCAGGUGUUUGAAAAAUGCAGAAUUCUCCACCCCCCAGACAUCCUCACGUACCCUCAGAUUUUUGGGGUGCAUGACGCCCCUGUCUAUGUGUGUGUUUGUGUGUGUGUGUGUGUGUGUGUGCGUGUGUGUGUGUGUGUGUGUAGUUAUGUAGUUCUGUGUAGUGUAAAUUGUGUAUGUGUUUCCAUGCAGGCAUUGCAGGCCACUACAAGCUGGAUGACUAUGGGGACAGAGACGUGAAUUUUUCAGUCAUUUACACCACCACUGACAACAAGGUAGGUCAGCUAUCAUGUAUAUCAUAUGAUUCUAUUGUGUCAAAGUUAAUGUUCUAACUCCUGUCUCCUCCGCAGUAUGAAACUUUAUUUAUAUUCAACACUGCCUACAACUACACCAAGGUCGUCAACAGUAACCCAUCCUUCAUCUGGGGCAGAUGCCUCCCAGAUGACACUCCAUCCCAGUGUACGUGCUCAACACACACACACACACACACACACACACACACACACACGACUCAACUUGUGCAUCUGAGUCUGGCUUGUUUUUCCCUAAUACAUGAGCCACACCCAUCGUGACUGGCUUAGUUGAAAGCAUUAACUGAUCAUCAGCUUGUCAUUCUUAAUAGAUAAGACAGAAAUGGGACAAUCCGGUGCCGAACUGGUGUUGAGGGAUCAAACUCCAGCUUCAAUGUACAGUACAGUUUUUUACAAUCACUUUGGCACUAAUUUCAGAACCUUGACGUCAUUUUUCAAAACUCUAGACACAAAACUCACAACCAAUGAUCACAAUGCACAUUUUUCAAAACUCUAACACUUUUUUCAAUUGCUUGGAUACAAUACACAUUAAACUAAGAUCAUUUGUUCAUUUAACAAAAGUCACCUGUUCAAUAUGACACAACUUAACAUCAAAGUACUACUAUUUCAAAAGGCAAUUCACACAUUACAUUUCAGAUGAGUGUCUAUUCAUUUCAUUACAAUUAUCCAACUAUCAAUUGAUACAACUGCUCAAAAUGAUAAGUAACUGUUGCAUUGCUCUUAAUGCAUAGUUGUAUGGAAACAGACAAACAAUAUUCCAUGUUUAGAUCAUGAAAGUUUCAAAGUAACGAGAUUCAUUGUCACCAAUUAGCGUGGAGCAUGAACCAAUUAGACUACGUUAUCUAUGGAUGUAAUAUUUCAUCAUCAUUCUUUAUCAGACACCAUUUCUAUGGUCCCCUUGUAAACUUCCUUGAUGAGCUCGAUCAGGCCUGUAGAGCUGGUGGCGUGACCUAUGUCAUUGUGUGGGAUAAUGUCAGGUUCCACCAUGCUCAUAUGGUGCAAGCAUGGUUUCAGGCCCAUGCACAAUUUACCACCCUGUAUUUACCCCCAUACUCUCCUUUCCUUAACCCGAUUGAGGAAUUUUUCUCCACAUGGAGAUGGAAGGUUUAUGAUAGGCGCCCUCAUGAACAAGUCACUCUUCUCCAGGCCAUGGAUGACGCAUGCAAUGACAUCACGGCAGACCAGUGUCAGGCCUGGAUUCGCCAUGGCCAAAGGUUUUUUCCAAGAUGUUUGGCUAAUGAAAACAUCCAUUGUGAUGUAGAUGAGAACCUGUGGCCAAAACCACAAGACAGAGUUGAUGAAAAUGUAGAAGUACAGUAAUCACUCCUAUGUUUUGCUUUUUACAGUACAGGCAAGCAAGUUGAGGAACACUGCAUUUGAUGUUUUACAGUACUGUAAUGUUUUUCAUCAAUAUAUUUCAGAUUUUGUUAAAUGAUUCCACUGUGUCUGUAGUAUUCUCUCUACUACUAUAGUACUUUUACAGGGAUGUAUUUACAUGUAGUACCAUAAAGAAACAUGUAUCACCUAUUUUGUACUACAAUAUUUAAUGAUCGUACGAACAAUGACACAGUGAAACUAUCGGUUGCUUGUGUGUGGGUGAUCUAAAUUAACGUUUCAUUGGUAUUUCACAAUAAAUUAGUUUUUUGAACCAAUGAUUGUGCAAGUACAAGAUUUAUUUAAAGAUAUGAAUGCACAAUGCAAUGUUUUGAACAUUGGACAGCCUGUGUUACAAGUGAUGACCGUUUUGAGUUUUGUGUCUAGAGUUUUGAAAAAUGACGUCAAGGUUCUGAAAUUAGUGCCAAAGUGAUUGUAAAAAACUGUAAUACAAACUCAAUUACCCCCUGGCCUGAACACUCAUUGAGACGCUUUACAGUCUUUUUUAUUGGUCUGCUCAUCGCAUCGAAUACGUAGUAAUGCCCGAGCGACACAGUGUGUAUGUGUAUGUGUGCCUAGGUCUAACUAGUGCGGUGUGCCCCCCCCCCCCAGGUUUGAAGGACCAUGACAUCCUUGUCAUUGUCUUAGGUGUCACUGUGGUGGGGGUGGCUACCAUUGCUUUCAUCUUCUACAGGUAAGAGUUAGAUAACAGAUAGCAGCGGAGUGUGAGAGAGGUCUCACUCAUAGAAAUAUAAUUACUAGAACAGGGAUCUGGGGUUCAAACCAUCACAGAUAAUUUACUUGAAUGGGGGAUCUCCAUUCUAGUAAUUAUAUUUAUAUGAGGGAGACCUCUCACACUGUGCUGCUAUUUGUUACCAGGCAGAACCACAGAGAGCGACGGCUGAGGAAGAGAUGGUCUCACAUCCACUCUGACCUCAUCACCCCGCUGGAGUACAAUGAACGCAGCCUGGUCUCCCUCAAGGUCAGCUUGUCAUCAGUGUGCGACGACCCCUGAAAGUUAAGUCACAUUUUCCAGUACGUCUUCUAACCCCUUUCUCUGUCUGUUUGUUUGUCAGAUUGACGAAGACCACAGGAAAAACACAAGUUAUAACAUCCGCCAAGGACACUAUGAUAAAAAGGUAACUCAAACUUUUGCAUAAAACCACCAGAGCCAUAUAUAUACUGUAUAUAUAUAUAUAUAUAUAUAUAUAUAUAUAUAUAUAUAUAUAUAUAUAUAUAUAUAUAUAUAUAUAUAUAUAUAAAUAUACACUACCAUUCAAAAGUUUGGGGUCACUUAGUAAUGUCCUUGAUUCCAUGAAAACAUACAUGAAAUUAGUUUGAAUAGGAAAUAUACCAAAAUGAAUCGGAAAUGUAGUCAUUGACAAGGUUAGAAAUAAUGAUUUUUAAUUGAAAUAAUAAUUGUGUCCUUCAAACUUUGCUUUCGUCAAAGAAUCCUCCAUUUGCAGCAAUUACAGCCUUGCAGACCUUUGGCAUUCCAGUUGUCAAUUUGUUGAGGUAAUCUGCAGUUGGAUUGGCUUGAUGGGCACUUCUUACUUACCAUACGGUCAAGCUGCUCCCACAAAAGCUUAAUAGGGUUGCGAUCCAGUGACUGUGCUGGCCACUCCAUUAUAGACAGAAUACCAGCUGACUGCUUCUUCCCUAAAUAGUUAUUGCAUAGUUUGGAGCUGUGCUUUGGGUCAUUGUCCUGUUGUAGGAGGAAAUUGGCUCCAAUCAAGCGCCGUCCACAGGGUAUGGCAUGGCGUUGCAAAAUGGAGUGAUAGCCUUCCUUCUUCAAGAUCCCUUUUACCCUGUACAAAUCUCCCCCUUUACCACCACCAAAGCACCCCUAGACCAUCACAUUGCCUCCACCAUGCUUGACAGAUGGCAUCAAGCACUCCUCCAGUAUCUUUGCAUUUGGUCUGCGUCUCACAAAUGUUCUUCUUUGGGACCCGGACACCUCAAACUUCGAUUUGUCUGUCCAUAACACUUUUUUCCAAUCUUCCUCUGUCCAGUGUCUGUGUUCUUUUGCCCAUCUUAAUCUUUUCUUUUUAUUGGCCAGUCUGAGAUAUGGCUUUUUCUUUGCAACUCUGCCUAGAAGGUAAGCAUCCCGGAGUCGCCUCUUCACUGUUGACGUUGAGACUGGUGUUAUGCUGGUACUAUUUAAUGAAGCUGCCAGUUGAGGACCUGUGAGGCGUCUGUUUCUCAAACUAGACACUCUAAUGUAUUUGUCCCCUUGCUCAGUUGUGCACCGGGGCCUCCUACUCCUCUUUCUAUUCUGGUUAGAGCCAGUUUGCGCUGUUCUGUGAAGGGAGAAGUACACAGCGUUGUACUUCAGUUUCUUGGCAAUUUCUCGCAUGGAAUAGCCUUCAUUUCUCAGAACAAGAAUAGACUGAUGAGUUUCAGAAGAAAGUUCUUUGUUUCUGGCCAUUUUGAGCCUGUAAUCGAACCCACAAUUGCUGAUGCUCCAGAUACUCAACUAGUCUCAAGAAGGCCAGUUUUAUUGCUUCUUUAAUCAGCGCAACCGUUUUCAGUUGUGCUAACAUAAUUGCAAAAUGGUUUUCUAAUGAUCAAUUAGCCUUUUAAAAUGAUAAACUUGGAUUAGCAAACACAAAGUACACAGGACUGAUGGUUGCUGAUAAUGGGCCUCUGUACGCCUUUGUAGAUAUUCCAUUAAGAAGCAGCCGUUUCCAGCUACAAUAGCCAUUUACAACAUUAACAAUGUCUACACUGUAUUUCUGAUCAAUUUGAUGUUAUUUUAAUGGACAAAAAAAUGGCUUUUCUUUCUAAAACAAGGACAUUUCUAAGUGACCCCAAACUUUUGAACGGUAGUGUAUGUAGGUUACAGGAACAACCACGGCUCAGGGACUGAUACAUUGGUCUGGUUAGGUGUAUUGUAGUCUCAUGUUGCCAAACUCCGUAAACUCGUCAAGUCCUUCACUUUGACACUUGAAGCAGGAUCUUGAGGGAGCUGGAUAUGGAAGUCAGGUGUUCUGAGGCUACUGCUGUUGUCAUGGUGAUCGAGGGCAGGUGUACUGAGGCUACUGCUGUUGUAAAGGUGAUGGACAUCAGGUGUACUGAGGCUACUGCGGUUGUCAUGGUGAUGGAGGUCAGGUGUACUGAGGCUACUGCUGUUGUAAUGGUGAUGGACAUCAGGUGUACUGAGGCUACUGCGGUUGUCAUGGUGAUGGAGGUCAGGUGUACUGAGGCUACUGCUGUUGUCAUGGUGAUGGAGGUCAGGUGUACUGUGGCUACUGUUGUUGUCAUGGUGAUGGAGGUCAGGUGUACUGAGGCUACUGCUGUUGUCAUGGUGAUGGAGAUCAGGUGUACUGAGGCUACUGCUGUUGUCAUGGUGAUGGAGAUCAGGUGUACUGAGGCUACUGCGGUUGUCAUGGUGAUGGAGGUCAGGUGUACUGUGGCUACUGCUGUUGUCAUGGUGAUGGAGGUCAGGUGUACUGAGGCUACUGCUGUUGUCAUGGUGAUGGAGGUCAGGUGUACUGAGGCUACUGCUGUUGUCAUGUGAUGAAGGUCAGUGUACUGAGGCUACUGCUGUUGACAUGGUGAUGGAGGUCAGGUGUACUGAGGCUACUGCUGUUGUCAUGGUGAUGGAGGUCAGGUGUACUGAGGCUACUGCUGUUGUCAUGGUGAUGGAGGUCAGGUGUACUGAGGCUACUUCUGUUGUCAUGGUGAUGGACAUCAGGUGUACUGAGGCUACUGCUGUUGUCAUGGUGAUGGAGGUCAGGUGUACUGAGGCUACUGCUGUUGUCAUGGUGAUGGAGGUCAGGUGUACUGUGGCUACUGUUGUUGUCAUGGUGAUGGGGGUCAGGUGUACUGAGAUUACUGCUGUUGUCAUGGUGAUGGAGAUCAGGUGUACUGAGGCUACUGCUGUUGUCAUGGUGAUGGAGGUCAGGUGUACUGAGGCUACUGUUGUUGUCAUGGUGAUGGAGGUCAGGUGUACUGAGGCUGCUGUUGUUGUCAUGAUGAUGGAGGUCAGGUGUACUGUGGCUACUGUUGUUGUCAUGGUGAUGGAAGUCAGGUGUACUGAGGCUACUGUUGUUGUCAUGGUUUCAGAUUGUGAUCCUGAAGGAGCUGAAGCACUCGGAUGGGAACUUUAACGAGAGUCAGAGGAUAGAACUCAACUCGGUGAGUCACCGAUUACACAGCAAGUCUGUUAACGUACAGUAGGCUACUCAAGGGUAUCAAGUAUGCAUUUCUACGUGUGUUCAUGUGGUAUCUUUGUUUAUUUUAUUUUAUUUUAUUUUAUUUUAUAUUUGAUUUGAUUAUAACUCCUAUUGCUUAUUAUACCCAUCCUUCCUGAUUUACAGCUUCUGCAUAUUGACUACUACAACCUGACUAAGUUCUAUGGCACAGUCAAGUAUGAUCAUGGUGUGUUUGGGGUGUUCGAGUACGGCGAGAGGGGAUCCCUAAGGGUGAGAAACACACACACAAGCGGCCACAUGCACGCGUGCACACACACACACUUUGACCUUUGACCCUCUUCCUUCCUCAGUAUGUGCUGAAUGACAAGAUCUCGUACCCGGAGGAGACCUUCAUGGACUGGGAGUUUAAGAUCUCUGUCAUGUACGACAUCGCUAAGGUGACCUGGCAACAACUCUAGUCUGCUGUUAGUUUGUAUGAGCUCAGAAGAUGUCAACUCAAGAUGACCCCUGACCCCAAGUUGGAACCUUAGACAAUAAUUUUGAUCUAGUCAAUAUUGAUAUACAUUUCUGAAAGUGCUUCGAUCCGUUUGGGAACGCUGAGUCAUUGAAAUACUGUAAGUUCAAAGACAAAACCUCCUUUCUUCCUCUCCACAGGGUAUGUCCUACCUCCACUCCAGUGACAUCCAGGUCCACGGCCGUCUCAAGUCCACUAACUGUGUGGUGGACAACCGCAUGGUGGUCAAGAUCACUGACUUUGGCUGCAACACCAUCCUAGACCCAGGCAGAGGUAGGAACUAUUUAUUCUGUAGGGAUAGCUUGCUAGCAUAGUUAGCGUUCAUGCCAUACACAUCCCCUGAGGUCUGUCUGUCCUAGGACUGUUUCUUUCUGUCUUAUCCCUUAUUUUUGAGCUAUUUUCUUUUACCUAUCCUCCCCUAUCCCGAAUCCCCUCACUCCAUCACUCUAUUCUCCAUCCUUUCCCUCCCUCCUCUCCUCCCCCUCUCUCCUUUUAUCUGGCCCUCUCUCUCCAUCAGACCUGUGGACAGCUCCAGAGCACCUGCGUAGACAGGGGAUCUCCCAGAAGGGGGAUGUCUACAGCUUUGCCAUCAUCGCCCAGGAGAUAGUUCUCAGGAGGAGCACCUUUUACACCGAGGCCUGCUCCGACGGUGCAGGUUAGACACAUUCCUAUAUAACACCUUAUAUAGAAACUUGCAACCAAAUCAAUGCAUCAGUUCCGCUAUACUGUAAUCACCCUUGUUUAGAAUUUGGCACUUUGAUGUGGUGCUGCAUUUCAUUCUGGGGAAUUAUCGACCCCUCCUGGCCAAAUGUAGCAUUGUUCAGUUGAGCGCCACAUAGUGUAGCAGAAAAACAAGACGCUCACAUGUUGUUCUGUCUUCAUCAGAGAAAAUGGCCAGAGUGCAGUACCCCAGCGAAACCUAUUUCAGACCUGAUCUGAAUGUUGAGACUGCAGGAGAAAAAGAAUUGGAGGUAAGAUUGGCAUUUGUUUGUUUGUGUGUUUGUCUGUGUGUCUAUCAUAGAGAGAGGGAGAGAGAGAGGGUUGAGAGAGAGAGAGAUGAGAGGAGACAGAGAGAGAGAGAGCGAGAGAGGAGAGAAGACAGACAAACAGACAGAGAGAGAGAGAGAGAAAGGGGGGAGGAACAGAUUUACAGUAUGGAGAAAGAUAUGUAUAGAGAUAGAGUCUGAAAUCCACUUGUGUUUUUUCCUCCAUGCCCACAGGUGUACAUGCUGAUGAAGAUGUGCUGGGAUGAGACCCCAGAGCGAAGGCCUGACUUUAAGAAGAUGGAGAGCUCACUGGGGAAGAUCUUCAGGUACCAGCUACCUACUUUUAUCUCUCUUUUAUUGGAUAGAGCUAAACACUUGCCAGGCCAUUUGAUCAGAAAGGUGAAGAAUCACUGUACAAAGAUGGUAAAAUAUCUCUGUAACAUGAUAAAUGGUCAAAAUGGAGUUGUAGAGAUAUGAGUGAGAGGGAGCAUGGUUAUGGUUUGCAGUGCUUCAUUAAUAUUUAAUUACUGUAGAGCUGCACCAUUCCCUUCAUUUAAGAGACAUUUGAGAAACACCUCACAAGGGCAACACCUACAUUGAAAAGUGGUGUGUGUGUGUGUGCGCAUGUGUGCGUGUGCGUGUGUGUGUGUGUAUGUGUGACUGAUCCUUUCUCCUGUUCUCCACAGUAACCUGCACAACCAGGCUAAUGAGAGUUACAUGGACAACCUGAUCCGUCGUCUACAGAUGUACUCCAGGAACCUGGAGCACCUGGUGGAGGAGAGGACAGCGCUGUACAAGGCUGAGAGAGACAGGGCCGACUGCCUCAACUUCAUGCUGCUGCCUGGGUCAGUCAACAACAACAACAACAAUUAACAGAUAUCCACACACAGUUCAAUGCUCCUGUUGUUUUAUUAAGUGCAAUGUUUUGACCAGAAGGUCUUUGCCAGACUGCACAACCAGAAAACCACUUUAAGACCAGCAAAUUACUUCUCUCCAUCUCUCUCGCUCCAGUCCUGUGGUGCGUUCUCUGAAGGAGACGGGCAGUGUGGAGCCGGAGCUGUUUGAGGAGGUGACGGUGUACUUCAGCGACAUCGUGGGCUUCACCACCCUGUGCCAGUACAGCACCCCUAUGGAAGUGGUGGACAUGCUCAACGACAUCUACAAGGGCUUCGACAGCAUCCUCGAUCACCACGACGUAUACAAGGUUAGGUUAGGGAUAGGGUUAGUGUUGUGGUUUAGGGUUAGGGUUGUGGUUUAGGGUUAGUGUUGUGGUUUAGGGUUAGGGUUGUGGUUGAGGGUUAGGGUUGUGGUUGAGGGUUAGGGUUGUGGUUUAGGUUAGGGUUGAGGCUAGGGUUUUGGUUGUGGUUGAAGCUAAGGUUGAGGCUAGGGUUAGGGUUGUGGUUGAGGUUAGGGUUGUGGUUGAGGUUAGGGUUGUGGUUGAGGCUAGGGUUAGGGUUGUGGUCCAAUCUAAUCUUCCUUUUUGUCCUGUGUCAGGUGGAGACGAUAGGUGAUGCGUACAUGGUGGCGUCAGGGUUGCCGCGGCGGAACGGUAACAGGCACGCGGUGGACAUCUCCCGCAUGGCCCUGGACAUUCUGGCAUUUAUGGGGACCUUCCAGCUCAGACACCUGCCGGGGCUACCUGUGUGGAUCCGCAUUGGGAUGCACUCAGGUACCCCUAGUCCCUCAAGUCCCUAUCCUGAAUUCAUGAAACCUCCCAUCUUUCUCCUCUCUAUAUCAUCAAUGCAAGCCUCCUUGGUCUCUGCGCUUUCCUUCUCCCUCCUUCCUGUAACUUCCCUCACUCUCUCCCUCUGUCUGUCAUCAAUAACCCCCUUAUGCUUGCUACUUGUUCCCUAGGCCCCUGUGCAGCAGGAGUGGUGGGGAUAAAGAUGCCCAGAUACUGCCUGUUUGGAGACACAGUCAACACUGCCUCUAGCAUGGAGUCAACAGGACAUCGUAAGCAGGCUACAGGAACACUAGAGAUAUCCAUACCAACUCCAUACAAACAUGUCAUAUCAGCUGUCAUGGCAGAUGAGUAAAAUACAACUCUGUCUCUCUCCAUCCAGCCUUGAGAAUCCACAUCAGUCAGCCCACCAUCAGCAUCCUACAGAGGACAGACUGCAAGUUUGAGUACGAGAAGAGAGGGGAGACUUUCCUCAAGGUAUGGACAUGGCACAUGCUGCUUUGCCGUUUGUCAUGAUAGAAUCAUACAGAUUUUUUUGCUGUCAUUUGUACUGUGUAGUUAUCUUAUCUACUGAGUUGAAUAUCAUGUAAGAGUGUGUGUGUGUGUAUCCCAGGGUAAAGGCACAGAGUUGACCUACUGGUUGACAGGUGAAACAGGAGAGGACUACAACCUGCCAACGCCCCCGACAGCGUGAGUUAACCUCCUGCUAAUGUACGUGCUCCCCUAUAACUGUACAUCACUAGAGGUACACGUCAUAUUUACAUCUAUAUUAUUAACUUCUACCUUCUAUGUCCUUCUUCCAUUUUGUAGGAUAAACAGAGAUCAUUAGAGCUACAUAUCUAUGUAGAUCUAUAUACUGUAAUUAACUCCUAUGUCCUUGUCCCUCCCUGCAGGGAGAACUGCCAGCGUCUGCAGCAGGAUCUGGCCCAGAUGAUCCAGAAGUGUCUGGACAACCGUUCGCUGGGGUCAGAGGUCAUGGAGAAGAGGAACACCCUGUCCAUGAGGCAGAGGAGGGUGGGGAGGGAUGGAGGGACGGAGGGGAGAGAGGAGGGUGGGGAGGGACGGAGGGGGGAGAGGAGGGUGGGGAGGGACGGAGGGACGGAGGGGAGAGAGGAGGUUGGGGAGGGAUGGAGGGGGGUGGGGAGGGACGGAGAGGAGCAGGGGGGAGAGGAGGAGGAUGGCGAUGACCAGCCGGAGUACCUCCAUCUGGCUACCGUUGACAACUUCACUACUUUCUUGUAG